UAUAUAGUUUGUGGUACUCUAUACUAACCUCAAUUUCGGUACUUCUUAAUUUGAGGUGAGCGUUGUUUUCAUUUGGUGUUAUUAAAAUCGUUAAAAAUGGAUAUUAACAUGAUUGACUUGAUGGAUUUAGAAGAUUUGGACAUGCUGGAGACCACUCGGCGACCUGAUAGACAUCGACAUCGUGUGAAUCCGUUUGAAUUGAGUGACGAAGAUUUUAGGUAUAAGUAUAGGUUCUCAAAACGUUUCGGAGAAAAAAUAGUGGGUAUCUUACGUGAGGAUUUAGUGCACGACCCUCGAGGGUGCCCAUUGAGUCCUGAAAUUCAAGUGGUUUGUGCAUUACGCAACUGGGCUCGCCAUGAAAUUCAAGACGAUACAGCUAAUUUACAUAGUGUGUCUCAACCAGUAGUCAGUAGGACAUGUAAAAAAGUAGCGGAAAUUUUGUCACGGAAUUCCCGAGAAUUUAUUAAAAUGCCUACUACUUUAAAUGAACAACAGGAAACCAUUAGGAAAUUUCGCAGUAUUGCUAAUUUUCCUACAGUAAUUGGCGCAAUUGACUGUACUCACAUACGAGUAAAGAAAGUGAAUGCUGAUGGGGGUCAGUUAUAUAUUAAUAGAAAAGAAUUUUCUUCAAUUAAUGUACAGGUGGUUUGUGAUGCUGACCUGAAAAUCAUGGACAUUGUUACCAGGUGGCGUGGUAGUGUACAUGACUCCAGAAUAUUCCGAGAAUGUAGACUAAAACAGAGGUUUGAGGCUGGUGCAUUCUCUGGAAUAUUACUUGGUGACAGUGGCUAUCCUUGUACUCCUUACCUAUUUACACCGCUGCUGAACCCCACAACACCACAAGAAGAAAGAUAUAAUAGGAGCCAUAUCCGUACCAGGAACACAGUGGAAAGAUGUUUUGGUUUGUGGAAGCAAUGGUUUCGUUGCCUAUUAAGAGGUAUGUUUGGAGAUAUUGAAACAGCAAAAAAACAAUUGUUGCAUGUGCUGUACUACACAAUAUGGCCAUUGACAUGAGAGAAGAUGUGUUUUCUGGUGAGAGAGAUAGCAUUGAACAAUAUUCAUCUGAACCUAUAGUACAAAGAUAUAUUACACCAUCAAUAAGGGGAAAUAUUAGAAGAAGACAGUUUAUUGAAACUCAUUUUCAGUAGACAUAAUACCCAUUUAUAAAGGAAAAUAUUUCUGCAGAGCCAUUGUCAGCUGUCAAAGAAUAACGACUACAUAUUCACCAAUAUGAAAUAAAUUCAGGGGAGUAUUGUGAUAAUAUUUCAUUUAUUGAGCAAAAUGCUUUUAUUUAGGCUAUAAAUGAUUGUGUUUCAGGGAAAGAUGCGGGGUACAGCACAUUCCACAUCAAUAUGAAGCUAUAUUAUAUAAAGAUUUAAGUGCUGUAGAGAUAUGUUUAGAUUUUUUAAUAAAUAUCGUCCCUCUACAUUCACAGCUGGAUUUCCUUUCCAGAGGUGCAAGGGUCCACGGGGAGUAGGACUGUAUGAUAACUAAGUAAAUAGGUUUAGUUUUUUUUAUUAUAGUUUUUUACUAUUGUAUAUUAUAUUUCAUUGUUAUGUAAAUAAAAUGCAUAUUAAUUAUAAUUAUUUAUUUUAAUUAUUAAUAAAAGAAGUACAAAUAUUUGCAUUAAUUAAGUACCUGAAAAUAAUAGUUUCAUAUAUGAGGAUAUUUACAAACAUGUAUCUGAUAUAGUAUCAAAUAUUUAGUUUUUUUUUUUAUAGGAUAAUGGUGAUAAACACAGUCUACCACACACACACACACAGUCCAUCUGAUGUUAAGUAACUGCUGUGGUGCAUAGACGUCCACAUCUAUCCUCGACUACAAAUCAAAAUGCAGAUGCGUUGUCACCCGUGUGGAGUAAGAUGGAAUGCCUCGUUUCCUGUAAAAGAGGUCUCUCUCAUACAAAAUUUGUACAAAAAUUUAUCCAAAAUUUGUCAAUAAACAAGUUUAAAUGUUUUAUUAAAGAAAAAUUUUAUAAAAAGGUUAUUAUAAUAUCAAAGAAUACAUAAAUGAAAAUAUUGGAAAUACUGGAAUUGAGGUGAUCGCCACCAUGGUGGUUCUAUUAAAAUUCAUUUAAAAAUUGUACAAAUAAAAUUAUUGUUAAGAGAAAUAUGUUUAUAAAAAAGUCCCACUGGGUUUCUUACUAGUUCUUCCCAGGACUGAGGUAUUUUCCGAACCAGUGGUAAAUAAAAAAUGUCUUUCAAUAAGUAUUCUGUAAUAAUCUAUAUUUAAUAAAAAUCAUUCUAUUCUAUUCUCGUUCUAUAAACUCACCAUAAUAAACAGCAGCAUUAAGCUGCUAUUUAACUUGUGUUUUUCUGACUUUCUAAUAAAGAUAUUUGUAACUCUAAUUUUCUAAUUUUUGGGUUAGCUAUUUUAAUAUUGUAUUUAUGUUCCUCUUCCAUCAUUUCCAGUUGUCUUUUUUUAAAAUCUGUGUUACUUUUUACAAUUGUUUGGUGUACAUCUUCUCUUCUGUAAAAUGAAAUGGAAUACUUAAUGUAAGUUUUGUAGUUAUUUUAGACAUUUACAAAGUAUUCUAGAGUAAUAAAAGUGCACUUAACCUUGUACACCAAUUAAAGAAAUAUUUUUUAAUUAUUUUUAAAUCAAUUCAUAUUAAACUUUGCUUUUAAUAUUUGAAAACAUGAAACAAUUUUCAGUGUUUAAAUACUAAUUUUCACAUUUUAAAAAGUAUGUAAUGUAUCAGACUAUGUAAUUUUUUCAACAUACCUAUUUUGCAAGCUAUUUUUCCUGUUUUUAAUUUUUGUUAUACCCCUAGUAAUAAUAUCUUUAUUGUUGGUUAUUUUCACCAUUUUGGCACUUUCUUCUGUAUCUGUAGUUGGAUCUAUCUCUAAAAAUUAAUAUAAAUAUAACAGUUUUAGAAAAUUAACAUUUAUAAUAUUUAC